AUGUUAUCUUAUUUUCAAGCAAUGCUAUGUGUUCAUCUUCUGAAAUUUAGUAUGCGUGUUAAAACAAUUGCCCUUCUUCAGUCAUUUCUUCAACUGAACUCUUGCAAGAAGCAGUGUCUUUGCGAUUGGAUCAGCGGACUGCCCGACGAAAUCCUGGUGAGCAUCCUAGACAAGUUGGAUUCCAAGACUGCAGUUGGCACGAGCCUCCUCUCACGACGAUGGAGGCACUUAAGGAGUUUCAUAGAAUCCUUCUAUUUCAGUGAGGUGGUUUUACCAGACAACCAUUGCUGGGUACGCCUCGGACCAAUGCGGGACUACUUCAACACACAUAGAGACCACCAUUUUGUUGAGUCCCUCCAGUGGUUCACAAGGCUUAAGAGAGACACACCAUUGAGAAGACUGUCCCUUGUGUUCUCAGGCAGUGCAGAGUAUAGCGAUGUGGUCAACAGCGCCAUAGCUUCUGCAGCUCAGCAUGGUAUCAGCGAAGUUGAUAUGGCAAUUGUUGUAAGGAUGGAGUACGAGUUCCCCUGGUGGUUGUUCUCUGGUUACAGAAGCUCACCGCUGACCAGCUUAUGCUUAAGUCAUUGCAAGCUUUCUGUCCCCCUCGACUUCGGAGGAUUCGGUUCCCUCACAAAGCUUGCCCUUGUCCAGAUGUAUAUGAGCCUGAAAGAGGUGCAAGUUCUCCUCAGGUUCUGUACAAACUUAGUGAGUUUACACCUGAUUGGCAUGUUCGACAUCAGAAUCCUGCGGCUUCCAAAGCUUAAAGAAUUGAUAUUGUUAAUGACUCCAUCGUGGGGUAAAUUUAAGGUAGACACGCCAGACCUGCAAAGAUUGGAGUACUGCGGAGAGAUGCUCCCAACAUCUACGUUUCAAUCUAUUCCAUGUCUUGAGCAUGUUUCCCUGCAAUUUACUGAUGAUAUUUAUCCAGAAUAUGACGCGGACAAGUUGGAGGAUAUCUCUACUUGUUUAACGCAUGUCAAGAGCCUUUGCUUGCGGUACCAGAUCCCCAAGCUAGUCAAACCAAGAACUCCUGCCACCUUUUUAAACCUCAAAGUCCUGACUUUGAACAUCGCUACAAAACAUUCGGAUGAUCUUCUUUGGAUGUUCAUGUUCCUAAUUGCUGCACCGUAUUUGGCUACACUGAGAACUACUGUACGCUAUUUAUCAUAUCUUGAACCUCAUAAUGGGGUGAUAUGGGACAAUGUCGACUUCCAGCACGUCAAUUUGAAGAAUGUAGAGAUGUAUAACUUCAUGGGAAGAGAUAAUGAGAUAGGCUUGGCGAGGCUACUGUUAUGCAGGGCUCCUAAUCUGAGAUGUUUAUCCUUCAACCAAGCACGUCUGGAGGAAGGUGAUGAUCACCAGCUGGUACCCCCUACCUGGCCCAUGGCUGAAACUUUUUCCCCAAGAGACAUCCAGUUCGUUCUCUCUAAGUUACUGGAGAGUGUUUCUUUCAGUGCGCGUGUAGUAUUCAUCUGA